AUGGCGGCUGCCGCUUUGGUACGAUUUUCUGGGCCUUUCUCGCCGUCUUGCCUGGCCGUUUCCAAUUUGGUUUCUUUCCUUCCGCUGCUUCUUAUAAAUACUGGUCCCUUCCUGCGUCCCUCGCUCAUUCCGUGUGCUUCUGCUUGCGCUCUUCCUUCUCUAAUCAGCAGUGUGAUUUCUCCGGGGUUGGUUCGUCCCGCUGCUGCUCGGUCUGGCCGACGCCGUUGGGGCCGCCCUCCUGGGAUUCGGGCUGCCGUCAUUGCCCGUGUGCGCCGCGCUGGUGGCCAUGUUUCUUCGGAUUUUUCCUCGACGACGGCUGAUGCUGCUGCGCGUGGCCGCCCGGCUGUAGUUGAUUCAGCAUGUCGUCUUCGGUCCGGUCCUCGCCGGCCGUUUCGUUCUUCCUGGAAUGGUAUUCACCGAUUGGACUCGCGUCAGGAUGUUAAUGUGCCUGUUGAUAGUCGCCGUCGGGAGAUUUUACUAGGGAAGCGGCCUGUAGAUUUCACCAUUGGUAUUCCUAUUAGUGUGGGCUCUUCUUCAGCGGUUGUCGGGUCUGCUCCGGCUGUUUGGCCUGCCAGUGAGCGAACUGAUACUUUGUCUGUCCAAGUGGUUGACAGACCGCGUGUCUCUCCUUCUGGUUUUCCUGCUGCUGUCCAUCUUUAUGAGUCUUUGGUUGGUGCUACGUCUCUUCGUUGUCGUCCAAGAGUGGUGCCCUUAUGUGCUGCUGGUGCCUUCGGUCGGCCUACUCCUCUUGGUAACUUCGACUUUCUAAAUAUGUAUAUGCUUUUCUUGGUUUCUGUGUUCUUCUUCUGGGAUUGGUUCUAACUUCUGCACGUGGUUGCCAUUUGAGUUAUGCCUACCCCUGUUAUGGAGCACUUUCGUGUUUUGCGUGCUCGCCGUAAGCGGACGUUGGUGCGAUCAUACUAGUCCGGCUGGAAAAGAGGGUUUUUUUUUCGACCGCUGUGCUCACCCUUCUCCGGACGCUGCUGCAUGUGGUCUCAUUUUUUCCCCUCUAUUUCCAGUACGUGGGAUGCAGCCUCCGUUUCCUAAGGAUUAUAUCCAGCUGCUUAAGGCUACUUUUAAGGGGGCAUUCAUAUUAUGGUGGACCGGAUUUGUGUUGCCGGAAAUGUGGGGCCUUCUUUUGGUUCCGCGAAGGAUCUAUUCACCAUGCUGACGCGACUACUCGUUGUCUUGUUUACACGGGUUGUUGUCGGACGGGCAAGAUUUCGUUGCCAAAAUUUGGUGACUGGCCUUCUCCUUUGGAUAGGCUGAUGCGUUUUGAUGGUGACGUGGUUUCCUCUCGGUUCAUGCGAUUAAUACAGCAGUAUAAUUCCAUGUUCUGUUUUACAUCGUUGGGUGCACAGGUUGAUCAUAGUAUUAAUGUUGGAGGUGCUCCAUAUGUUUUCAAGAUGAAUGGGGUGGUCUACCAUCGUAUUGGUUCGUUGCUGCCGGCUGAGGGUGCACCUCCCAAGUUCGCGCAAUUGUACAUGGUCGAUUCUGCUGACGAGUUGGACUGUAGGUUGAAUGUGUUUGACAGAGAAGAAACUGCUUCGCUUGA